AUGAACACCAUCUGGCACCCAGACUUGUUGAACAGGGAUCCCGUCGUCGUUAAGGAAGAGCCCGACGACGACCACCACACCCCCCCCGCCGUCAACGUCGAACCUCCCGCGGACGACCAUGGGGAAGACGAAAAGUCGGAGGAUCUCGCGGGGAAGAUGUCGACGAUUUGGCGACCCAACCUCGGCCGGCUGUACGCCAGCGUCGCCGAGAUGGAGGGAUCGGAGAGCGAAGAGGAGGAGAAGGAUGUGACGAAGAAGGGCGUGAAGCGGAAGAGAGGCCCUCCCACGAAGGGGCCAUGCGAGCACGGGGUGAAGUACCGGUCGAAUUGCAAGGUGUGCGGUGCUUGUCCGCACGGGAAGAGGCGCCGUCAGUGCAAGGAGUGCGGUGGGUCUCAAAUCUGCGAGCACGGCCGUCAGCGCAACUACUGCAAGGAGUGCGGCGGGUCUCAAAUGUGCGAGCACGGUCGUCGCCGCUCUCAGUGCAAGGAGUGCGGUGGGUCUCAAAUCUGCGUGCACGAUCGUGUACGCUCUAAGUGCAAGGAGUGCGGCGGGGCAUCAAUAUGCGAGCACGGCCGUCAGCGCUCUCAGUGCAAGGAGUGCGGCGGGACAUCAAUCUGCGAGCACGGCCGUCAGCGCUCUCAUUGCAAGGAGUGUGGCGGGACAUCAAUAUGCGUGCACAAUCGUCAGCGUCGUUACUGCAAGGAGUGUGGCGGGUCUCAAAUCUGCGAGCACGAUCGUAUUCGCUCUCGGUGCAAGGAGUGCAAGAAAUAG